GUGAGGUGCUGUUGGCUUACAACCUGCGUGUCCCAUCAAGCCUUUGUUCUGUUGAGCGCAGUUACAGUUUAAAGAGGCUUGUCAGGGAUUGCCACUGCUGCACUCUUCCCUGGAUGAGUGCAAUGCCUGACUGUGAGGCAAUAGCCCUGUGUUGCAAUUCCUGUCUUGCGCACGCUGGAGGGAGUUCUUGUUGAAGCUGCUUGAUAUCAGGCUUCAGUGCUGACUUGCAUUUAAUGUGGGUUUCCUUUCGUCUUCAUUCCUUGCUUUAUUUGCAAUAAAACGGAUGUCUUCGAAAUGCUUUAAGCAGACUACUUGACAGCCUCCAAGUACACUGUUAAUUCACUUGUCCUAAAUUUACUGGUCUUUAAUAUCUGUGCUGCUGACUUUCUUGUUUUUGUAAGGAAUGAUACCCUCUUCAGUGAAGAGGACAGAAAAUUGCCGUAUUGCAUGGCACUUGGGACAGUUUUCCCCUGCUGUGCCCAUCCUUUGCAGCCAGGAGUAGUGAGGUUAGUGCUGAGCAGCAGGUUCUGGGCUGCUUUUGACUUCCCGGGAAUACCUGCCUGGCUCUGGUCCCUCCCUGCACUUGCAGGCUGGUGGUGAUUUUAUAAUCACGGUGUAAGGAGAGGGGUGUGGUAAUUGCCCUGUGUAGGUGUGGGUUCUCACUACUUCUCCCAACCCAUCCAAGAUUCCUCAGUCUGGGAGCAGCAGAGGAGAGGAACCAGCCACUGAGGACUAUCUUGGGAACGGCAUGGAGAGCAAAUGGAGUGGCUGGGUGCUGAUCCUUUCUGUGUGCCUGGGCUCCUACCAAGCUGGGGCCAGUCCCUUCCGAGAAUGCAGCGAGCGGCCGGAGGACUGGUGUCGCGAUGUGGCAACAGCAGCCAAGUGUGGGGCACUGGAGCUCUGCCGGAUCACCGUCUGGGACCAGGCCCUGGGGAAGGGGAUCCCAUGUCACUUGUGUCAGGUGGCAGUCUCCGUGGUGGGCAAGAUCCUGCAGGACAACCGCACCGAGGAAAAACUGCGGCUUUUCUUGGAUAAAAGAUGCCAGUACCUGCCCUUCCAGGACUGGUCUGUCAAGUGCAAGAGGAUGGUGGACACUGGCAUCCUCAUCCUCGUCCAGCUGGGCAAGCAAGUGCUGUCAGAUCCGAAGGUGGUGUGUGGAACUAUCAAGCUGUGCCAGCCCCGGGAGAGCCCCACAGGGGCCCUGAAGUUUCAGGAGCCACCGCCAGCCCCUGCAGGCCCUGCUCAGGACUUCGUCGACCUGGUCUCCCCCUUCAUCGCCAAUGUGCCCCUCCUGCUCCAUCCCCAGGAUCUGCCUCGUGGCACAGCCCAGGAGAUGGAAGAGGUGUGCGGAGACUGCCUGCAGCUGGUGGCAGCCAUGCAGCUGGAGCUGGGGACCCACACCGCAUUCGUCCAGAUGCUGGUGGCCCACGCUGAGCAGGCUUGCGAGGGCCUGUCACCCAAGCUGGCACAGUGGUGCAAGCAUUACCUGGCUCAGUACACGGACACAGCUGCUCAACUGCUCCAGUACAUGCAGGCUGAGGACCCCACAGAGCUGUGUGGCCAGCUGGGACUCUGCUCCUCCACCUCAGCGCUGCCCCUCCACACACUGAUCACAGAGAAGGUAGCACAGGUCCUGAGCAUGCUGGGGGAUGAGGAGAAGACCACACCACUGUGUGAGAUGUGCCAGUUUGCUGUGAAGGCAGCUGAGAGCCUCCUGGAGAACAACGUGACUGAGGAGCAACUGGUGAAUGACAUCGAGAAGGUGUGCUACAUGCUGCCCCACGGUGUCAUCGGGCAGUGCAAGGACUUUGUUGACUCUUACGGCAAAGCUGUGGUCAUCAUGCUGCUGGAGGCCACUGACCCAGCAGCCGUCUGCACCAUGCUGCGCUGCUGCCCCCGGAGCGUGGACGCCCACCAAGGGGUUGCCACGCUAGAGCAGCUGGCAGUGGGCGCAGGCACCUUCUGCAAUGUCUGCCAGAUCGUCAUCAUGUACUUCGAUAACGAGCUGCUGAAGAAUGACACGCUGGCAGAGCUGGGUGACAUGCUGGAGAAGGGCUGUGAGCUGCUGCCCACGCCGCUCACCGACAAGUGUGAAGCACUCGUGGUGCAGUACGAGCCAGCAGCCAUGCGACUCCUCGUGCAGAUGAUGGACCCCACCUUCGUCUGCACCAAAAUAAGAGCCUGUGACUCAACUGAGGAGGAUCUCCUGGGCUCGGACCGCUGUGCCUGGGGCCCGCACUACUGGUGCAAGAAUAUGGCCACGGCAGUUGAGUGCCACGCUGUCGAGCACUGCCAGCGUCACCUAUGGAACUAGGAGCCACAUCCCUGGCUGGCCGGGCUUGCUCUGCCAUUUUGGUUCAGGAUCCUAGACCCUCUCCCUUGGGAUGUGCCUGUACCCAUGGAUGGUGACAGCAGGAGCCCACUGGCCUCGCUACCCCGGUGGGGGCCAUGGGGUGCCCCAGCCACCUCUGCCACUUCCUUUUGCACCCCUGGGGCUUGGAUUUCCAAAUCGGGUUAAGGGACUCGUUAGUAUUUCCAGGACUGGGGAUUCAGCCUUGAUGUUUCUCGGGGCGAUUGCAAAAUCCCCAUCUCUAUCCCUGUCCCCAUCUCUAUCCCCAUCCCCAUCCCAUCCUGAACCGCUCCUAAGGCCCAGAUCUGUCCCUAUGACUGGGAUGGUUUCUGCUUCCCACAUACCGACCCUCCAUGCCUGGCUGCCAGCAGCCUUGCAGUGCAGGUCUCAUCGGCUUUUGCUAAGUCCAGUGCUUUGCUGGUCCUUCUUCAAACAGGGGUGGCUUCCCCCACCCGUCACCAGUUAAAGGAACAAAGUGGAUUAAAUUUACCUGCAAUGCCUGGUUUUCCACGAUACUUGCAGUACAACAAUUUUGUGUCCAGCUGAUUGCUGGAGGUGGAUCCCCUGAACACAACAUGAGUAAGUUUGGUGGUGAAGUUUUCCUUUCACACACAUCCCUGCCGGAGGGGGUCCUGUGUUGACCCAGCUGCAGAGGUGAGGGGCAGUGGGGUGCUGGCUUGUCCCUCCCUGCCAGAGGAGGGAGGACACCCACAGUACCCGGUCCUGAGCAUGCACGGGAGCAUCUCACUGCAAAUAAACUCAUCCUGUGAGCCCGGCUGGUUGUCUCCCUCCUCCUUCUCCUGGGGUGCCGGUGGCGCAGCAAGGAGGGGCACAUCUGGGGAAGAUUUAAUGUUUCCCCCAAA